AUGCCCCGCUGCCGUGUCCGGACGGCUACCACGACGGUGCCGGAGGCGCGGACCUCCCGCACGACGGUGGUGGAGGUGGUUCCCUCCCGCUCGGCCUUGGUGCUGCUGCUCCCGUCGCUUGGAUCUUCUCUUCGGUCUUCUUGGCCUCAUGGUGGUGCUCGCAGCGAGACGGGAAAAGCUUACCUUCUGCCGGCUGAUCGCGUGCACUCCUCCGCCGGCUCCGUGGUCGUCAGAUCUACGCUUUAUCAGAUGGUCGAGAGCACUCCCGCGUCCGCUGAAGGUAUACACCAGGUCAGCUCGGAGAGGAACAAUGUUCUUCAUUUGGCCGCGGAUCAAGGGCAUGACGAGCUAAUACGGGAGCUCUACACCAGCUUUCGGGACAAGACCUUGCUCUCUUCCCCCAACUCGGCUCUGGACACGCCGCUGCACUGCGCGGCGAUGGCUGGGCAUGAGAUGGCCGUGUCGCUCCUCAUCCAGCUCGCUAUGGACAGCGGAGAUCAGAGCAUCUUGUGCUGCAAGAACGAGGCUGGGGACACGGCUUUGCAUCUAGCGGCAAGGCUCGGCCAUGGCGCGGCAGUUGAGGCUAUGAUCUCUGCAGCGCCAGGGCUGGCCUCUGAGGUUAACACCGCUGGCUUGUCGCCGCUCUACUUGGCAGUGAUGAGCAAGUCGGCACCCGCUGUCAGAGCGAUAACGACCAGAUGCAGCCAUGCGUCGGCUGCUGGCCCGAGCUCGCAGAAUGCUCUGCAUGCCGCAGUCUUCCAGGGCUCAGAAAUGGUCAGCCUACUACUGGAUUGGAAGCCAUCUGGCCCAUCCCUGGCCAGCAAAGCUGAUGGCACUGGCAGCACUCCACUCCAUUUCGCUUCGUCUGACGGCGACCGCUCCAUCGUAGGUGCCAUCCUGCGGGUUGCACCGCACGCGGUGCGCAUGCGGGACUCGGCCGGCCUCUCUGCUCUCCACGUGGCGGCGAGAAUGGGCCACACCCACGUGGCCGAGGCAUUGAUGGAGGCCUGCCCCGAUGCUACCGAGCUCCGGGACGACCGCGGCGGGACCUUCCUGCAUGCCGCGGCCAGGGGAGGCCACUCCAGGGUCGUGUCGUUUGCCAUGAAGAAACCGACGCUCCGCAGCCUCCUCAACACGCAUGAUGGAGAUGGCAAUACGCCGCUGCACCUCGCGGUGGCCGCAUGCGCGCCCAGCGUCGUGGAGGCCUUGAUGUGGCGUGGCGAAUUGUGUGCCGACGUCAUGAACAACGAAGGGCACACGCCGUUGGAUCUCGCAGCUAGAUCAACCAGUUUCUUCUCCAUGUUGGCCUUGGUGGUGACGCUGGCCACGUUCGGGGCACAAUCUCAGCCUCAGAGGCGGGACCAUGUGGAGCAAUGGAGGGGCCGUGACAUAGCGCAAGGGAUCGAGAAGAUGUCCGACAGCCUAGCGGUGGUCGGUGUGCUCAUCGCCACUGUGACCUUCACCGCCGCCAACAAUGUGCCGGGUUCCUAUGAGCAAGCUGACGGCACGGCACCCGACAAGAGGGUGUUCAAGGGCAUGGCGGUGCUACAGGAGAAGAUCCUCUUCCAAUUCUUCCUGAUCCUCGACAGCUUCGCCCUGGUCACCUCCGUGCUUGCCGUGAUCCUUCUCGUCUUUGGGAAGGCGUCGCGCUCCGCGGGGUCGUGGAAGAGCUUCGCGGCGGCGCUGCACUGCAUAUGGGUGUCGCUGGUCAGCAUGUUCAUUGCCUUCUACGCAGCUCUCGCUGCGGUGACGAGCACGGAGGCGCUCUACCGUAUCAUCUACCACGUCAUAUACAUCGGUUUCGCCCUACUAUACGGCACGGUCGUAACUUUGAUCGUGCCGGUGUCGACCUGCACACUUUGGAAGGCUCUCUGGUGCACCGUCUUGAAAGGAAGGCGCAACGUCCUCGGGAGGCAUCUCAAGCAGCAGUAUCCAGUCGCCCGCGCUUACGCACCCCACCUGAUUCUUUUCAUGGCAACAAAUUAUGUAGCGAUUGCCGGUUUCGUCGCAGUCUCUAUCUUGAGCGAACAAGCCGCCAGAGAGGCGAGGCAUCCUGGGGCACCUGCGCCUGCGCCUUCCUCUGCUCUCCUCUCCUAG